GAGCUGGGAGGGCGUGGCAUACAACAUACACGUGAGCGCACCGAAACCGAACCCGGACCUGUCCCCGUGAAAAAUCCGGAUUGGAUAAUCGGCGAUACGUCCGAACUUUGUAAUUGGGGGAUUGGUUCUGGUUGGGUCUCGGUCAAAAAGAAACGCAAAACGCGAAACAAUAACAACAGGGACGAAGAGGAGUAGAGUCGGCGUUAGCAAAAACCCUCAACUUCGUCCCCCAAUUCGUUCACCCAAAUCGAUCCCCGUGGAGGCUAUGUGCUGGUAUGUUUGGUUUGGUGGUUGAUUAAAUAAUUGGUCCGGUGAAGAUUUUGUACUUCUUGGGCAUUAAUUUUUGGUGGUGAAAAUGGAUUUGGUAUCUAGUUGCAAGGAAAAAUUGGCGUAUUUUCGAAUAAAAGAGCUCAAGGAUGUUCUCACCCAAUUAAGCCUUUCAAAGCAGGGGAAGAAGCAGGAUCUUGUUGACCGGAUAUUAGCACUUCUUUCUGAAGAUCAAGUUUCUAAAAUGUGGCCAAAGAAGAAUACAGUUAGAAAGGAACAGGUGGCGGAACUUGUAGAUGACACCUAUAGAAAAAUGCAGAUUUCUGGGGCCCCUGAUUUAGCAUCAAAGGGACAAUGCAUCUCGGACAGCAGUAAUGUGAAAAUAAAAGGCGAAAUUGAGGAUCCCUUUCAGUCAGAUAUAAAGGUUCGCUGUCUCUGUGGGCGUUUAUUAGAAACAGAGUCAAUGAUCAAGUGUGAAGAUCCAAGAUGCCAAGUGUGGCAACACAUGAGUUGUGUUAUUAUUCCAGAGAAACCUGUGGAAGGCAAUCUACCAGUUCCCGAAUUAUUUUAUUGUGAAAUGUGUCGACUAAGUCGGGCUGAUCCGUUUUGGGUAACUAUUCAACAUCCUUUACAUCCUGUUAAGUUGAAUGUUACAAAUAGUCCAACUGAUGGUUCAAACCCAGUCCAAACUGUGGAGAAAACAUUUCACCUCACCAGGGCAGAUAAAGACUUAUUGUCUAAACAAGAAUAUGAUGUCCAGGCUUGGUGUAUGCUUCUAAAUGACAAAGUUGCAUUCAGGAUGCAAUGGCCGCAAUAUGCAGAUCUACAGGUCAAUGGUAUGCCUGUUCGUGCAAUUAAUAGACCUGGCUCGCAACUUCUUGGAGCUAAUGGUCGUGAUGAUGGUCCAAUUAUCACACCAUACACGAAAGACGGAAUUAAUAAGAUUUCCUUAACAGGAUGUGAUGCCCGUAUAUUCUGCUUAGGGGUUCGUAUUGUGAAGAGACGCACUUUGCAACAGGUUCUCAAUGUGAUUCCCAAAGAGUCUGAUGGUGAGCGUUUUGAAGAUGCUCUUGCUCGUGUGUGUCGUUGCGUUGGUGGCGGGACUACAAUGGAUAACGAUGAUAGUGACAGUGAUUUGGAAGUUGUUGCAGAUUCUUUUACUGUCAAUCUGCGUUGUCCGAUGAGUGGUUCAAGAAUGAAGGUUGCUGGGAGAUUCAAGCCCUGCCUUCACAUGGGCUGUUUUGAUCUUGAAGUGUUUGUGGAAAUGAAUCAACGGUCAAGGAAGUGGCAGUGCCCCAUUUGUCUUAAGAACUAUGCACUGGAGAAUGUCAUUAUUGAUCCAUAUUUUAAUCGUAUCACGUCAAAGAUGAGGUAUUGUGGAGAAGAUGUAGCAGAGAUUGAGGUGAAGCCUGAUGGUUCUUGGCGAGUGAAGACUAAGAGUGAAAGUGAUCGUAGGGAUCUUGGGGAACUUGGGCGGUGGUACCUUCCUGAUAGUACACUUGCCCCAACAGAUGAAGAAAUUAUCCCAAAAACUGAAGUUUUGAAGCAGGUCAAACAGGAAGGUGUUUCAGAAGGUCAUACUGGUUUGAAACUAGGAAUGAGGAAGAAUCGCAAUGGUGUUUGGGAAUUCAGCAAACCUGAAGAUAUGAACACCUCUUCGGAUAAUAGAUUACAAGUGCCAUUUGGAGACCACGAGGUAAAAGUUAUCCCAAUGAGUAGCAGUGCCACUGGAAGUGGUAGGGAUGGUGAAGAUGCAAGUGUAAAUCAGGAUGCUGGUGGGAACUUUGAUUUCUCUACUAACAAUGGAAUUGAGAUGGAUUCCUUUUCUCUAAAUGUUGAUUCUGUGUAUGGAUUUUCUGGACAAAAUCCUUCUGCAACUGUAGGAGAUGCAGAAGUUAUUGUCCUAAGUGAUUCCGAUGACGACAUAAUGCCCGCUGGAACCAUCUACAGGAGUGAGAGAAAUGAUACUGGCGGGAUUAAUUUUCCUGUGGCCCCUUCUGGAAUUGCUGAUUCAUAUGGUGAAGAUCCCACGCUUGGGACUGGUGGGAAUCCAUGCUUGGGUCUUUUUAAUGGCAACGAUGAUGAUUUUAUUCCGCUCUGGCCACCAUUAGCUCCCGGAACUCAAUCAGGCCCUGGGUUUCAAUUAUUUAGUUCUGAGGCAGAUGUGCCAGAUACCCUAGUUGGUCUGCCACAUGGUUCCAUCAAUUGUUCCACUUCUAUGAAUGGAUACACCUUGGCUUCAGAAACUGCCAUGGGAUCUGCUAGCCUAGUACCUGAUUCUUCUGUUGGUCGUUCAGAUGCUGACAUGAAUGAUGGCUUAGUUGAUAAUCCAUUGGCUUUUGCUGGUGAUGAUCCCUCUCUUCAAAUAUUUCUUCCCACAAGACCAUCAGAUGCAUCAGUGCAUUCUGAUUUGAGAGAUCAGGCUGAUAUGUCAAAUGGUGUCCCUACUGAUGAUUGGAUUUCUCUGAGGCUUGGGGGUGAUGCCAGUGGCAUUAAUGGUGCGCCUGCAACUCCAAAUGGAUUAAAUUCGAGAAUGCAAAUGCCAUCCAGGGAUGGUGCCAUGGAUUCUUUGGCUGACACAGCUUCUUUGCUUCUCGGUAUGAAUGACGGUAGCAGAUCUGACAAGACAAGUAGGCAGAGAUCAAAUAGUCCUUUCUCAUUUCCUCGCCAAAAACGUUCUGUCAGGCCGCGGUUGUAUCUUUCUAUUGACUCGGACUCUGAAUAGAGGAACUGGAACUUUUUCUUUAUGAGAACUAUCUUUUGGGCUUUUUUUAAUUUUAUUUCCCUGGGAUGGAAAGCAUAUCCUGGAGUAAUCUUAUGAUUGACUCAGAGAAUCCAGUUUUGGGUUUAUAAUUUGAAGAAUGCUGACAGACAUUUGGUCCCUGACAAGAGAUGAAGUGUUAGAUGCGGCACAAGGCACCCGGGGUAGAACAAAGUGAUUUAAUACACAAGGCAUCCAAAUAGACUGCAUGAUUGCAAAACUUUUGCUGGCGCCUGCAAAAUUUUUCCCUUGGUUUGUAAGCUUGAGGCCUUUUAUCGUUUUCCAGUAUCCUGUUCACGUUUCAGCUAUGUUCGUGAUGCCUGUUUGACUUAACAGAAACAGGCUUGUUCAAGUCCUCUUUAAUGAUCUGCAGGUCCAGUGCUGGUAUUGUACAGGAGAUGUGAUUUGAAUCCAUCAAUUCAAAUAUUUGGAUGUAGUUGGGGGAACCCCAUCACAGAAAUACAAGAUAGCUGCCUUGUCUCGGUUUUAUAGUGAGAAGCAAUAGCCUGUAAAUAUUCACUCAGAUUCAGUUGUUUAUAGAGAAAUCAUUUUUUUGUCAAAAUGGAUGUUUUUCUCUUUAUGGUCUGGCAUGGUUUUAAUGAAUUUUUUGUGCCCUUUACUCGGGCAUGAUAUUUGUAGUAACGUAUAGAGAUUCAUUUGAAGGAGAGCAAGGCCCUUGCACCUCCGAUGGCGGGGCAACAUAGAAA